AUGGCGGGGGCCGUGGCGGCGUGGCUGGAGGCGAUGGGCGUUGCGGAGGCCUCGUGGGAGGCCUUUGUGGUUUGGUUGGAUCGGAUGCCGCCGGAUGUGCUGCGGGAAUGGGGGCGGCGGUACUCGGCGCAGCAGCGCGGCACGAUUGCGCGGAUGCGUGAGCGGCGGCGACAGUACGUGGAGCGUGCCGCGCCGCCGGAGCUUGGUGUGGCGGCGCUGCGAGCGUUGUGUCCUACGCUGUGGCAGCACCUCGUAGCCGGGGCUGAUGGCGAGCAGGAGAGUGAUGAUGACACGGAGCCGCUAGGGCAGGCAUCGGAGGCGAGCACGGAUGCGCUAUAUGAGUUACCUAGCAAGUACAUGGAGGCCACUGACCAGGACGCCAUUGAUCCGCAAACGCCGCGUGCUCUGGUGGACGUUUUCCGCCGCACGGUGCUGGCUCAGUUUGUGACGGGGACCCUGCGUGUGGCACCGGCCUUGUAUGAGGCGAGCGAUUUUGACGAGCAGUGGGAUGUGGCGUCGGGCGACGAGGAUGCCUGGCUCGAGGGGGUAUAG